CUCUCGCAACUCCAUUCCCUUCUUCCAGGCCUGUGGCCGGUUACUUUCCUUAUUUGACAUCUUCGCUGGUUCGAUAUUGCGCACACACUCCUUUUCUGUUGUGCUUUGUUUCCUGAUCCUGUUCUUGGUGCUGUUGAACAGACAAGACAAAAAGCAGACACGCAGGACAAGAACAGACACUCGUCCAUUUGGCUACGUCUAGCUGCCAUACAUUCCCUCGGUUCAGAUCGAUUCAUUCAUUCUGGACAUCAGAGCAAAACAAGCAAAACCAGUCCUUUAACCCCAGAGCUCAUCUGAUCACGACAUCCUGGCCGUCACUCCCUGACCCGGAUAUCCCCCAUCAAGAGAGAGACGCAACUCAGACAAGACAAGGAACACAAGAGCCAGUUCCUCGACAAAAAUGCACUUCCAAUCCCUCGCCUCGCUGGUCCUCGCCCUGGUGGCCGUCCCCUCCGCCAGGGCCACGCUCUCGCCCAACAUCUCGGGCAUGAACCUCGUCUGGCAGGAGACGUUUGUCGGCAACCAGGGCGACAUGGUGGACCUCACCCAGUGGACCGUCGUCACGGACCUGCACAACAACCAGGAGCUCGAGACGUACACCAACCUGCCGUCCAACAUGCAGCUCUCGGGCGGCCAGACGCUGCAGCUGGUGCCGCAGAAGUCGCUGCUGGGCGAAUGGACCUCGUCGCGCAUCGAAUCCAUCCAGGCCUGGACCCCGAGCCCCGGCAAGACGAUGCAGGUCCAGGCCGCCCUGCGCGGCGGCGACAGCGCCAUCGACCAGAAGGCGGGCAUGUGGCCGGCCUUUUGGAUGCUGGGCGACUCCAUGCGCCACGGCACGCCCUGGCCGCUGUGCGGCGAGCUCGACAUCUUUGAGCAGAUCAACGGCCAGCUGACGGGCUACGGCACCGUCCACUGCGACCACACGGGCGGCGGCGCCUGCAACGAGCCCAGCGGCCUGGGCGAGAGCAUCGCCAUCCCCCAGGACGACAAGUUCCACACCUGGACCCUCAAGAUCGAUCGCUCGUCCAACUACUGGCAGACGGAGACGAUCCAGUGGUUCAUGGACGGCACGCUCUUUCAUACCCUGACCGGUGCCCAGAUUGGCGACGAGGGCCUCUGGGCCACGCUCGCGCACUCGCCCAUGUACAUUAUCCUCAACCUGGCCGUUGGUGGCACAUGGCCCGGCGACCCUACCGAGGCGACCUUGUCCGGCUGGGGCAACAUGUUUGAAGUGCAAUACGUUGCCGUCUACGAGUCUGCUUAGAAGGCAAUCUCGACGAAGUUAUGAAAACCCAUUACUG